CGAAGACGAAGAGGGGCCGCCUCACUGCAUCUCUGCCUCCUCCUCCUCAACCUCCUCCGCGAUUCCCCGUUCCUCGUCCUCCCUUCCUCCUUCCCUCCCCCUCUUCCUCCUUCUCCUCGUUCUCCUCGUCGUCUGGAGGCGUCGCGAUGCCCAAGACGAGGCCGGCCAAGCUGACCCCGAGCAAGCUGUACAUCUGCUCGUUCGAGAACUGCAACGCGGUGUUCAACAAGGAGCGCUACCUGCGCGAGCAUGUGGGCAAGCACACGGGAGAGAACACAUUUGCGUGCGAGGUGCCCGGCUGCAGCAAAGCGUUCAUGCGCAAGGAGCACUUUGAUAACCACAUGCGGCGCCACACGGGAGAGAAGCCACACGUCUGCGAGUAUGAAGGCUGCAAUGAGGCCUUCUCCUUGCGAUCCAACCUGAUGCGGCACAUCCGGAACAACCACGAGAACCCCGAAAAGAUCUACCAGUGCGAAUACGAAAACUGCUGCUUGAGAUUUAAAACGGAAGACCAGCUGAAAAUACACCAGGUUGUCCACACCAAGACGCUGCCGUUUCGGUGUCGCUACGAAGGCUGCGACAAGGCGUUCAUGCUCCCAAGCAGACGGACGCGGCACGAGCAGGUUCACAGCGAAGAACCUCAGCACGUGUGCUCCGUGUGCGGGCACGGCUACCGGCGGAUCGACAUGCUGCGCAAGCACGAGUGGAUCCACGCCGCCAAUCGGCCCAUGUUCCACUGCCCCGAGGCGGAGUGCGGGCGCGCGUACACCACCUCGUCGAUGCUGCGCUACCACGUGCUGGCGCACCACCACGGCAUGGGGCCCUACCAGUGCCAGGAGCCCGGUUGCUACAAAGCCUUCACCUCCAAGCAAAAGCUCACAAAGCAUCGCUCGACACAUGAACCGCCAAAAGCAAAGGUCAAAGAGGUUGAAAAGGAGGCAAAGGAUUCCUUGGCCUCCCAGCUGAGCGGAUUUUAUCUGCCGAAGGGCGGCGGCGACGUCUUGCCGAUGGAGCCCAACGCGGCUCACGAUCCCACGCGACUCCAGCACGCCAAUUACGGCGUGGCCAACACACCGCCCUCACUCAGCAGCUGAGCUUUCCUGCUGCAGAGGGCCCGUUUCUUUUUUUUUUUAAGAUGUGCCCUCUCUUAAUCCACACUAAUAUUGAAAAGGUGCUUUUGGCUGACCUUACAAGGCACCGUGGAGGGGGGUGGGGGGGUGGGUGGGUGAGAAAAUAACCCCCACAGUACCUUGCAAGCCGCCCUGAGAGCACGCUCAUGUACAUACAAUGCACCCGCGCUUUGAGACGCCGGCCUUGAAGACGGCUGUAGGCGUGGCAUCGUUACAUUUCACAGCGGUUAGGCAGCGUGGUAAUUUUUGUACAAAUUACAUUACUGUUGUUAUUGUUAUGAGGGAUCGUCAGAACUGUAUAGCCCUGCUGCUCUGCUUACCAAGCGGUUUGUAAUAUAGAACAAUCCACUUGGGCAUCUGGAGCUUUGUAAAAUUCUUGCUUUGUAAAAGCAAAAAAAAUUGGCACGGUCUAAAUGCCUGCUGGUUACACACGACAGUGUUGUGUAGCCAAUGAGAAUGUCGAUGAUGCGAGAAGAGACGUUUCUUGGCUUUUGCGGAUUAUUUUUGGCAGGAGGAAAUGUUUGAGGUUUUCAAAGUGACACUACAGUUUAAUUUUGAGGUUGAGUCACUGUGGUUGCAUUCGUAAGUGACGUAUGUGCGGGUGUCUGGGUCUUUAGUCGCUGCACCCAUGCUGUGGACCCACACGUGCACAUACAAAGACGGAUCGGUUGAGUAUCAUUAUAGGCCUUUCGGGCGAGUGCUGUUUGCGAACACCUAUUAAGGUCGGCAGGGCACACAAUUUUGGAUGUGUAGCCACCUUUGUCACGCCGGCGCUGUUUUUUUAACGCGCCACAUUGAAGGCCAGUGGAACGAGUGGAGGCCAAGUGCGAGUUCGGUCGCACGCCACGUGCCACUUGAUGCAAGCCAUCGCCGGUAAUCAAACACAAAUAUCUGGGAUUAUAGGACAGAGCUGUCUCCACCACUCUCCACACGUUGCGUAACUUUCGGUUUUGUGGCGAUGACUAAGAUCCCCCGUAUCGCCUUGACAAAUUUUUUGGAGACAAGUGCUGUUUGCGAGCACCUGUGAAGGCCGGUACGGCACAUGAUGGGGUGUUGGUGGCCAGAACCACGCCCGUCCACCGCACCAGGUACUCAAUUGAGGCUGAGUAGACCUAGGGGAGGCCCACGACUGGUGUUGGCCACGAGCGGGAAUCGAAUUCGGGUCGCCGGGUUCGUAGCGCAGUGCGCUCGCAGCUCCACUACCGCUCCUGUAGCUCGUAAAUAUAUACAAACAAAUGAAAUCCAACAUUAGCCUGACACUUAAUAAACAUUCGCCUUAGAGAGUAGAUCUUUGAGGUUGCGUGCCGACUGCACGGCACUUGCGCGGAAAAGCAAAUCGAAGCAGGUGAAGGCGUUGACCGCGAUGGCUUUUUCACCUCUUUACCAAACAUUUUAGUUGGCAUGACCUUGUGUGUGUGUUUUUUUUUAGAACCUUUGUUUUGAUAAAAGUUGACCUCCCCUUGAAUGCGUGUGUAUGUGCGUGUGCACGUGGGUGUAAUCAAGCAUACCGAACGGUGAUUAACUGAAACAUUUAUUUAUCCUGGAGAUUUCCAACAGAGCAUCAUACAGACAUGAUGCUUAAAGCCUUUUCCAACUACGUGACUCCAGUGCAAACGCCUCGACAACCCAGGAGUUUACCCAGUAGCCCAGAGGUCAGAGUAUUUCACAGGUCCCACCGAGAGCCUGGGUUUGAAUCCAGAUAACCACGUGUUGAUGAUCUCGGCCCAGGCACCAUUGCGUUACGUUGGGUUUUGCAUCUUGAUUUGAGUAAAUUCCAACUCCACUAUCGGUUUGACUGCCCUGUGAAAAUCUUAUAGAAGAGCUUGUAGGAAAGUAGUCCACCUGGGAAAAAAUCGCUUCUGAAGGCCGCUUGAUACAUGUGGCAGAGUGUUCUGAGAUUUGUAAAUGGGUUCAGUUUCGUGACAUCACACCGAUUGCGGUUGGUAGGCAUGCAUUAACAUACAAGAUCCCAUUAAAUAGAUGAGCUGCUAUUUUUCAGGUGACAUUACAGACUACAAAAAUAACGCAGCUGAGCUUGUCACUAUGCGAAUACUCUCAUGUCCUUCGACUUUUACUUUUACUCAAUAACGAACCUUUCAAUUGUCACAGCCCAGGACACACCGCGAUUAUGUAAAUGUAUUAAAAAAUAAUGAGCUGGGGAUGUCCCAGAAGCUUGCCUGCCGUCGUAAUGUCUGAUGGGGUGUCGCCCUUGGUAUUUGUGUUUUGACCCGCAGCAUUCAACAUUGGUGCUGCGCGUGUGCUUGCAAAUGAUCAGUGCCGGUGUUAGUUUCCGACGUGACGGAGGGUAGAAAAUUAAGUAUUGUACUCUACUCGACGAGAUCGUCCAAGGCCGGGCCUCCAUGCACUCCUCACUCAAGCAACCAGGACAUGUUGUUGAAUUCACCAAUCAACCCAAAUUCAGUGGGAGGUCACUCGUUCUCUUCUGCUGCGCCCAUUGUCUGGAACUCCCUUCCCCCAGCCAUAUUUGCUGUCGACUCAUUCCCCUUAUUCUCGUCAAGGCCUUUGAGGCCCUCUGCCGAUGACCGACUGCCUCACGGCAAAAUAAAUCUGCGCGCUGUGUCUGUACGGAGUCCUGAGAUGCGGUCACAUUUAGAUGUUGUAUAAAUCCACAGUGUAUUGUAUUACACUGCACACAUACAUGUAUUGUCAGCAUACAUGUGGUUAUAAUGUAGCUCAGUUUGACGAGCAGCAGACCUUCCCUGUCGUAAGGUGAUUUCAAAUCCUGGCCAAGGCAAACUCUGCCCAUCGUCAUCAUUCGCCGUCCUUACACGGAAGGGUAAAAUGUUCGUUAGUCGCCCGCGGUUGUAUUUAAGUCCAUUCGGAUCCCUGCAAUAUUGAACGUGGAACGUUUCACUGCUGGCCACGAACUGUAAUUAAUGAUGUGCAUCUUGCAAGGCGCUUGUUUGAGCAAGGGGACAUUGACUUUGACGCUGGUGCCCAACGCGAGUGCACGAGGAAUGGUCACGAUGUUUUGAGAAGCGCGGUAUUUGGUUUUUUGAAAAAAAAUCAACCAACCAAAACCAUCACAUUCUGAUUAUGCGUAGAGUAUUCAUCUUUCAUAACGUGCAUUAACCAAGUGAUGUUAAGGUGGCGCGGUGGUUAGCUCGGAGUGUUGUGAGCCCAGUGGCUUGAGUUCGGUUCCUGGCCACAGCUAAAGCGUCGGUGGUGAAUGAUAUACAAGCCAGUCCUGGGCCCCUCUUCAACCCACACUGGCCAGCAUGGUGAGGUAUGUUAAAAACCAACCUCCAUGACCGACCCAGCGUGGAAAAGGCCAGUAAAUUAUUAAGUUGAAAUACUUAAUAACUUGAAAUGCUUAAUAAUUUGAAAUGUUUAAUAAUUUACUGAAAUACCAUACAGACACGUGCGUUGGCUUGAACUGCUCUCAAAGCCUCUGGACUUCUUGUACGGGGCACAUCUUUUCGUACAAGGCACCACAUUUACAAAUAAAUGUAUACGUUUGGAACAGAACGGUCAUGUGUAGAAGCUGUAAUUGAACCGGGACGGUACUACUGAACGUUGUUCAAGAACAUACUUUACAAAUGUAUCAGAGAUGGUGAGGGAAUCAUUUGAAUGCAACAAUGCAAACAAAAAAUAAUGCAGUCCGGGGUUUACGAACUGCUUGCUCAACGUCAAUGCUCGAAGCUUAUAAGAGUGAACUGCACAUGAUGGUAUUUUUGGAAAACCAGAAAUAACUCAUCUUCUUAGUUUUUUCGGUAAAGUCACGUAGAAUGGAAGACAUCGUCUCCCCGACAGACCUGGUCUUCAUCUGAGGACGGCUGCUUGCGUUGUGGCCGAAACGUCGUGAGAAUUCAUCUUCUUGGUUCUUUCGGUAAAGUCACGUAGAA